GCUUUCGUUAUCCCUUCAUGCCCCUCUCGUCUCCGGCACACGGCAUGGCACAGCAACAGAUCGCCCGGCACUUGCUCCAGCGCCAUCCGCGACAAAGACUCCCGUCGCCUUCUCGAGGAGCCUCAGCACUUCUCCACGUCUUGGGUCUGGCAUCAUACGCCUACUCAUUCGCAUACCUCGUCCUCAACCCGAACCCGGCCAAUUACUCGUAUGGCUGGCACAUGCAGUAUCUCACCAUCAUCGGCCUGUCCCUGGCUACAGCCACGUUUGUCUUCGGGCUCUUGGCCGAUCUGACGCUCUCGCACCGCUUGUUCCAGAUCAAGAAUGCCUUGAGCGUAAGUAGUGCGCCUCUGGAGUGCUUGAUCAGCCUUCUCUACUGGGGCCUAAGAGCGAUCGACCCGAAGCUCGUCCUGCCAGAUUGGGCACCACGAAUCGCUUGGUCAGCCGACAUAUCCUUCCACGCAGUCCCUUCAAUCGCUCUUGUGAUAGAUUUGCUAUUCUUCUCUCCGCCGUGGACCAUAGCAUUUCUUCCUGCUCUUGGCAUCAGUCUGUCCAUUGCUUUUGGAUACUGGUUCUGGAUCGAGCGAUGCUAUGCUUUCAACAACUUUUAUCCAUAUCCCAUAUUUGAGAUGUUGGACACGACGCAGAGAAUUGGCCUGUUCGCAUUUUCGGCGCUGCUGAUGACUACUGCCACCGCGGUUUUGGUUUGGCUAUACGCAAUGGUCAAUGGUACGGGACUGGACGAUGUGGUCCAAGGGAACCCGAAGAAGGCCAAGAGCGGGAAUGUCAAAGGCGAAUAGAAAGAGUGCGAACAGAAAGAGUGCGAAUAGAAAGAGUUUGCGCAAUCAUAGAAAUAGAGCGAAGUUCAAGGAACGACAUGAGGUUCUCCGCAGCG